AUGGAAGCAAGACUUGACAGGGCUAUGGUUAAUUUUUCAUGGCUUUCCAUUUUUUCUGAUGCAAAAUUAUUUAAUUUAGAAGUGUCUCCUUCUGACCAUACGCCAUUAUUUUUGGACUUGAAGUCUCAUAUUCAAGCAGCUGGGAAGAAGCUUUUUCGUUUCGAAAAUCAUUGGACUCGGUUUCAAGAAUGUGAGGAAGUUAUUCGGGCAAGCUGGUGUAAUUCGGGCAUGAUUUUUUUGCAGCAGAAAAUUCAUUUCUGCGGUCAGAUUUUGCAGGUGUGGGGCUCUGUUGUUGCUGAUAAUUUUUCAGCAAGAAUCAAAAACUGUAACAAGGAGCUGAAAGUGUUCAAAGGCAGGCGUGAUAGUGAAGGCAGAAAGAUGUAUUCGGAGGCUAAGCAAGUGCUAUUCGAAACUCUGAACCAGCGGGAAAUAUUUUGGCGACAACGUUCGAAGCAAUUGUGGCUAAAAAAUGGUGAUCAAAACAGUAAGUUCUUCCAUUCAAAAGCUUCAUCUCGUAGACGUAAUAAUAAUAUUGUUUGUCUUAAAGAUGAAACGGGGACUUCUAAGUUUUGGGAUACCGGUUUGGGGGAUCUAAUGCUUGACUAUUUUUCAAAAAUAUUUACUGCUGAGCCUGGAAAUUGUAAUGAAGUUCUUAGUUGUGUCAGCCCCAGAGUUACUGAAGAUGAUAAUGCAAUCUUAACCCGCCCCAUUGAAGAUCAAGAAGUAAAGGAUGCCUUGUUUCAGAUGCACCCGGAUAAAUCUCCGGGUCCAGAUGGAAUGAACCCAAAGUUCUUUCAAAAGUAUUGGCACAUUGUCGGUCCGGAUGUCAUUGCUUGCGUCAGAGAAUUUUUCUUGAAUGAAGGGAUGCCUGAAGGUUUGAAUGACACUAAUAUUGUGCUAAUUCCUAAAAAGAAAAAACCAGAUCAAAUGAGUGAGUUGCGUCCUAUUUCAUUAUGCAAUGUGGUUGCGAAAGUUAUCACUAAAGUGUUGGCUAAUAGGCUAAAAGGUAUUCUCAAUCGUAUUAUCUCUCUUAAUCAGAGUGCAUUUAUUCCUGGAAGGUUGAUUACGGAUAAUAUUAUGGUGUCUUUUGAGGUUCUUCAUUAUCUCAAGAGAAAACAGAUUGGGAAAGAUGGGUGUAUGGCGCUAAAGCUGGAUCUUAGUAAGGCAUAUGAUAGAGUAGAUUGGCACUUCUUGACUGCAAUGCUAUCUAGAAUGGGUUUUUGUGACAAGUGGGUUCGGCUCAUAUAUGGAAGUCUUUGUUCGGUCAAAUAUCAUAUUGUUAGUAGUGGCUAUACCAUGGGUCCGAUUAUUCCCAGCCGAGGGCUUCGUCAAGGGGACCCAAUUUCUCCUUAUCUUUUCCUGAUUUGUGCGGAGGGGUUGUCGGCUCUAAUUCAACACUAUGAGGAAAGAAAGUUUAUACAUGGGUGUAAAGUGGCUAAUGGCGCGCCUAUUGUAUCUCACUUGCUUUUUGCGGAUGAUAGCUUCUUGUAUUGCAAGGCUACAGAAAGGGAAGUUUCUAAUGUUCAAAGGAUGCUUGAAGUCUUUGCUAAUGCAUCGGGGCAAAGAGUUAAUUUUGAAAAGUCCUCAGUGUUUUUCAGCACCAAUACAACCACCCAAAUGAGACAGAUUAUUUGCAACAGAUUAAGUAUUCGAGAGGCUGAAGAGAGAAGCAAAUAUCUGGGACUUCCAAGUUCCAUAGGCAGGAAUAAGAUGGCGGCUUUUAGCUAUGUGGUGGACAAAGUUCAGAAGAGGAUUCAAACUUGGGAUAACAAAUUUCUUUCUCGAGCAGGUAAGGAAGUUCUAAUCAAAGCUGUGGUUCAGGCGCUACCUGCUUAUACUAUGAAUUUGUUCCUUCUUCCUAUGGGCAUUUGUCAUCAAUUAGAAAGUGAUGUGAGUAGAUUUUGGUGGAAGUCAAGCAAUUCCAAAGGAAUUCAUUGGUUGAGUUGGGUGAAGCUCACGAAUCAUAAGGUUCAAGGAGGUAUGGGCUUUAGAGAUUUUCGAGAUUUCAACCUUUCUUUGCUAGCUAAACAAGGUUGGAGAUUGUUGUCUUGUGAGGAUACGCUUGCUACUAAAGUGUUUAAAGCUAGAUAUUUUGCAUCCGGGAAUUUUCUCAAUGCCACCCUUGGGAGUAAUCCGAGUUAUAUAUGGCGGAGCAUCUUCGAAUCUCAGAAUUUGGUUCGGAUUGGUGCAAGACGUCUUGUGGGAGAUGGCUCUAGAAUUUCCAUUUUGCAUGAACCGUGGCUGUUAGAUGCGGUUAAUCCAUACAUUGAGACGUCAAGCCAAAGUCUUCAAGGGCAAAUGGUUCAAUCUCUGAUGCAAGUUGACAAACUUGAGUGGGAUAAUGAGGUUAUUUCUGAUGUGUUGAAUCACAGAGAUAGAGAUUUAAUUUGGCGCAUUCCCCUCUCGGAUGCAAGGAGGAAUGAUCAAUGGUUUUGGUUGCAAGAAAGCUCGGGUGUUUUCUCGGUGCGAAGUGCUUAUAGACUACAACAUGAGGCUCAUAACAAUGGUACUCUUGCUGUCCCUACUGAUGUGUGGCGCAAGCUUUGGUCUAUAAAAGUGCCUCCGAAGGUCCUCAACUUUUUAUGGCGAGCGUGUGCUAAUUGUCUCCCUACAAAGUUCUUAUUGACAACUAAGCAUGUGCAAAUUGAUGAUGGGUGUCCAUUGUGUACGGCAGUCCCUGAAACAACGCUGCACUUGCUGGUUCGUUGCAGCUUCGCCCGUUCGUGUUGGCGAAAGAUCAAAGUGCCGAGUGUGGCACCUGGUGCAAUGUUCUUCCAGCAAUGGUUUGAAGCGGGUCUUGCUCAGUGGAGUGAGGUUGAGUGCAUCGAAGCGGCUAUGACUCUUUGGGCCGUGUGGAAGAUGCGGAAUGAGGUGGUUUGGAAUUCAAUUUCUCCUUCGUGUGAAGAGGUAAUUCACAUUGCACAAGUGAAUUUUCUGGACUGGUGUAACGCGCAGCAGCUAGAAAAGGAAACUCUUCCUGGUUCUAAUUUGGUCUUACCCGAGAAUUGGAGUCCCCCGACCUUUCCAAGUGUUAAGGUAAAUGUGGAUGGUGCCUUAUUCAACUCGAAUGGACGUUACGGAGUGGGAAUGGUGGCGAGAUGUGCUGCUGGUGUAAUGUUGCAGGCUCGUACAGUUCUUAAAUCGAGCGUGCUUCAGCCACAUGAGGUGGAGGCAAUCGGAAUAAAGGAAGCUUUGAGUUGGAUUAAAGCUAAUGGAUGGGAUGGAGUGGUCCUUGAAUCGGAUUGCUUAAGAGUAAUUUCUGAUAUCAAAAGUAAUAAAAAUAUGGUCUCUCCUUAUGGCCAUAUUAUCUCUGAUUGUAAGGCUUUAUGUGCCGAAGUUAAUAAUCUUUCUUUGAGUUGUGUGAAGCGAUCUGCUAAUAGGGUGGCGCAUUGUUUGGCGCGAUCCUCUCUUUAUGAGGCUGAUCGUAUUUUUAAUAUUUCUUCUUUACCUUUUGUAAUUUCUUCUCUGAUUUCGGAUGAUUUAAGUUAA